AUGAUAGAGCAUCCAAAAAAGGAGAUACCAGUUAAGAUGCCCGGAAAUGAUAAGCACUUGGCAACUAUCAUAGAAGGUAGACCAACUUUCGAGCUAACCAGAACACAGAAAAGGAGAGUCCAGAGGCAAUACUGCACCUUCCUCAAGAAUAAAGAUAACACACAGGUACUUCCAGAGGUUAGUUCUGCCAGAAAAGGGAAAAAUCUAGAAGCAGAUUCUCAGGCAAAACAAACAACAUAUCAACCAGAGGAGCUGACAAAGACAGAAGUUCCAAGCAAGCCUACCAUCCAUCCAACCUCACCCUUAAUUAAUCAGUUAGAACCUUCACAGUCACAAGGUCAAUCCGGACUUAUUCUAGUAGAAGGACAAGAAGGUUGGAUUGAAGAAUAUGAAGAGGAACAGUUGGAUUACGAACCAUCUGCAGAUGACCAAACUGGACUCCCCGAAAUAGGUGAGCAAGAAGACUGGACAAAAGAAUAUGGAGAGAAGAACAAAUGGAGUAUGAUUGAGAACUAG